AUGAGGAGCAAUCCAGCUAAAGAAAAUGGUACAGAUAAGAGAUAUGGACUUGAUCCACAGCAGAGGCAAAUGGAUCAAAAGCGUCCAGCUCGUCGCCUGCAGAAACUUAAAGCCCAUCACAAUAGAUGUGAGGCUCGUUACAAGAAGGCAAGAAAUGAAGUGAGGGAGAACAUGUCUUCUCUUCAUCAGAAGGAUUUCAUGGAGUCGAAACAGUCAUCUGAUGAGAGCGACGAUACCAUCAUCCUUGGUCCAACGCCAACUGAAGUACGGGACAUGAGUGUGCCUGAGCUCACAAGAACUGACAGUGUGAUUUUAAACAAACAAAUGCUUGGCUACUCAGAAGAGUCUCUAUCAAGUUCUGACAUCACUGAGGAAGAGUAUGUUCCUGAUUCAAAGGAAUCUGAGAGUGACAGUCUAAAAGACAGUGACAGUUCUGAAGACAUUAAACAGCUCAAGAAGAGGAAGAAAAGAGCCCAGAAAAAUAUUUCUUCUCUGGAAGUCCAACCACUUAGGAGAAUACGUGUGGCCACUUCUAGAUCUUUGACCACAAAAGAUCCUGGAGAAUCUUCUUCAACUGAUGCGAAAGAUCCUGGAGAAUCUUCUUCAUUUGAUUCAAAAGAUCCUGGAGAAUCUUCUUCAUUUGAUUCAAAAGAUCCUGGAGAAUCUUCUUCAUUUGAUGUGAAAGUCAUGACCUUGAAGAAGAAGGAAGAUGGCAGUAGGGUUUACAAUAAAAGGAGUUUGAGUGAGGCUAAGUGGAAUGCGCCUCAGCUCAUUCCCUUUGCUGAAGACGUUAGGAAAAUGCACCAGUAUCUGGACACAAAAAGGAUGGAGUGCCAGAGAAACCUGAAGGAAGAAGCUGUAAAGAAGAACUGGGCUGAACUUGCCAAGAUCACGCUUUAUGUGGAGCUUGCUUUGUCAGAACUUGAAAAGAAGCUGUGUAAACACUUCCAGCGAAUUGAGAUAAAAGGCAAACGUGGCCGAAAGGUUCCCAUUCUCCUCACUCCUGAUAUGGCAUCAUCAAUGGAGUUGCUUCUCCAACAUCGCCGCAAUUCAUUAUCCUCAACCAAACUGAGGAAGCACAUGGCCACCAUGUCAAAGGUUCUUAACCUAAAGGACAAUGAAAUGGAUGACCUAGCUGACUUCCUCGGCCAUGACAUCAGAGUUCAUCGUCAGUAUUAUAGAUUGCCUGAAGGGACAUUACAGUUGGCAAAAAUCAGUAAAGUGUUGCUGGCACUAGAAAGAGGACAGCUCUCCAACUUCAAAGGAAAAAACUUGGAUGAAAUCAGCAUCGAUCCACAAGAGAAAAUGUCUGUGGACAGUGGAUCAGACACUGAAGAAGAGGUUGACUCAGCUGAGAGGGAUGCUGAAACUUCAUCUUCCAGAUCACCAGGUGGGGAUGGCAACAAAGAAGAAGAAAUUGGUCAAUUUGGGGUGACCAGGAGAUGCACCACUGAAAGCAGUGAUCUGCCCUCAGCAAUAGAGAGGUCAGAUGGCGAGGAACCGGCAGACAUGGAAGUCUCUAGCAACUCUAACACAUCUAAAGGCCCACCACAAAAGAAGAGAGUCAAGUGGAACAAAGAAGAAGUCCAGGCAGUGGAGAAAACGCUGAUGGACUGGAUUGACUCUGGAAAGGUUCCUGGGAAAGCUCAGUGUAUGAAAUGCAUUGAAACAUCAUGUCCUGUCCUCAACAACAGGACCUGGCAAGGUGUGAAAUUCUAUGUAAAAAAUCGCAUAGACGCAUUAAAAAGAGAGACUUUCAAAAGAAGGUAA